CAGUUUCUGUAAAAGCUUCAUAAAGUGGGGUGUCCGCAAUUCUCUCCGCGCCAGUCAUGUUGCUUCUGACCGCCAUCCAACGGUCGUGGUUUGAUGAAAUGUCAGUAAUUGCUUCAGUCACGUUGUCUAAUUCCAAUUCUAGGGAGGGUAUUAAUUUGCGUAUUUCUGAGUGGAUUUUAGAAGGGCUCAAGUCAUCCGGAGGGAGAGGGUAAAUUUUUUGAUUUUCAAGCAAUAAAAGGCUGUCGGUAUU